GGAGCACGAAGUAUGAAAGGACGAAGGGGGAUGAGUAAUGUAUUCUUUCUCCUGCUGGGUCAGACUGCAGAACUACGAGCAGGGUACACAGAGGCGGACAAAAGAUGGUGUGGGGGGGAAUGACAGCCGAGAGAUGGGAGCAAUGGAUGGCCUUGCAUUUGGGGGCUGAGAGGCGGCCAUGGCCGCUGAUGGAUACCUGUCUUGAUGACGGGGAUCUGAGGGCCUAUUGGGGCAUUGCUCCUGGUUGCAGCCAUCCAUGCAGUAGGAUGCAACCAACACGAGCGUCGAGAGAAGGCCCGUUAUACUGCAGGACAUGCUGUCGCCCACCAACAAAGAAACUCGAGCAUCGCCCGCCCCGGUCAUCUUCGGCCAAGCUAGCAAGACAUCAAUGGCUUGGUAAGGUGUGUGUGUCGAUCAUUGACGGUGCCAACCAAUCUUUGUUGGCCGAACCCGACUUGGGGAUGGUCAAGUUGCGACUGGGAAGUUCCACGAGGAGUCACCAGAGAUUGAGGGCCCAGUGGCUUCUCGGGCUUGCGACAUUGAAGCAUGCACAAAGGCGGUCAUGGCAAAUGUGGUCUGGGCCAUGGCGACUUGGACGAGGAGGGCAACUAGGGCCACUGCCAAGGACGAGUCUCUGGAUACAGUCAGCACUUUCCUCUGUACGUGGAAAGAUAGUCUAGAGUACCAAUAUACUAGUAAGCACCAGCCCUGUCAGGCUGCAAGCCAGGGUCUCACCCUGGUAAUGACAUUAGCACGCACAGCCUAUCCCAAACCUUGUUGGGCGGCCGCCCUUGUCGUGGGAUCCUAGAGUUUGAAGAGCGAUGGGAUGCCGGUUC